AUGUCUUCCACAGUCUCAGCAACCGGCACAUCUGCUGCCGCGACGCCAUCCUCGACCUCAAUCUGCUCCUCAAACCUCUACGAUACCCCCGUCCAAGACCGCGUAUGCGCGAUGCCCUACGGUGGCAACCACACCGAGAUCAUGUCAAACUGCUGCAAAGACGCCGAUGUCGUCGCCUACUACGAUAACUGUGGGCUCUACUGCCUCGCCCUCGACCAAUCCAUCAAGGACCUCCAGGACUGCCUGUUUGAGCAGGGCGCAGGCUACACCGAGGUCUUCUGCCGUGACAACGGAAACGUCAAUGCUUCCGCCACAGCGACCGGAAACUCGCCGCCUCCCUCGAGCGCACAGGCGAGUAUCGUCGCGUCUGGCGGUUCCGGUAGUGGUGACGGUGACAGCAGCGCCAUCGGAAGCGGGAGCUCCUCCAGCUCGACAUCCUCGCCGAACGCUGCCGCUGGCGUGCACGUUCCCGCCGGUGUCAGCACCCUGGGCCUGACCAUCGGCGCUCUGCUCCUCUCUGCCGCUACUUUCGGUGCUCUCCAGAUCUAA